GGGUCGCGGCGGGGGCCACUCGGCGUCGUGGAGGGAGCAACGCGCUCUCAGGCCGCCCAGCUAUGUCCUACUGCAGGCAAGAAGGAAAGGAUAGAAUCAUAUUUGUGACCAAAGAAGAUCAUGAGACACCAAGCAGUGCUGAACUGGUAGCAGAUGAUCCCAACGACCCUUAUGAGGAUCAAGGUUUGAUAUUGCCCAAUGGAGAUAUCAACUGGAAUUGUCCUUGUCUCGGUGGAAUGGCUAGCGGCCCUUGUGGGGAACAAUUCAAGUCAGCCUUUUCCUGCUUUCAUUAUAGUAAGGAAGAGAUGAAGGGGUCAGAUUGUGUGGACCAGUUCCGUGCCAUGCAGGAGUGCAUGCAGAAAUACCCUGAUCUCUACCCUCAAGAGGAAGAUGAUGACGAAGAGGAAGAAAAGCAGAACAAAGAUUUAGAAACUACUCCUUCUGUAGCCAAAGUGGAGGAGGGAUCUAGCUAAUGAAGCCUCACGGAGGCUAUGGUCUCCCCUCCAUAUUCCAAAAGACACAUUAACGGAUACA